AUGAUUUGGUCUGAAAACUCUGGAGUUGGGACUACGGUACCUGGGGGGCAGGUGGUAAGGAUCUGCGGACUUAUUCCCCCUGGAGUCACUGAAGCCACCAAGAUCACUGUGCUGGGUGCGUCCUUCCUGUCUUGUGGCUCCGUUGUGGACUUGGUUUUGGACUCCUCCUGCACCGUCCUUGCCCACAAACCCUUGUGUGCCAGCCAUGUGUUCAAUUUGGUGGAGCUGUGUGCGGGGGUUGGACUUUCGUCGGUGGGCUUCUGUCGUGCUGGUUUCCAUCACAAAUGCUCAGUUGAAAAACAGCCCAAGCUUGCUGAGCUGCACAUGCAAAUCCACCCUGGCGUUCCUGUGGUUUGCUCCGAUGUUUCGUUGGACUCCACUGCUGGCUUGAUUUUUGCUCAGUGCUCUGACCCAUGCACCCUCAUGUCAGGUAUCGCAUGCCAACCAUAUUCCAGAGGUGGCUCUCAACAAGGAGGUCAUGACAGUCGUGCGGCUUCACUUCCUGGCACCUUGCGCAUGUUGUACCUGUUGCAGUCCCCAGCAUUGGUCAUAGAGUGUGUGGUUCCAGCACGUGACAACAUGUAUGUCAAAGGGCACCUUCAAGCUUUGGUUGAUCAAUUGGGUUACUAUGUGGUUGAAUGUUCCCUCAAACUUGAAGAAGUAUGGGCGGCAUGCAGGUAUCGGUGGUGGGUCAUUGCCACCCAUCCAUGCAUUGGACCAGUCCAGAUACCGGAAUAUCCCAAAGGGUCGUCUCUGGUAGUCCGUGACUUGAUGCCGUAUGUCCAUAGAUGGCCAAGUGAGGUGGAAGAGCAGCUGACCUUGCAGGCAUCCGAAGAAACCAAGUUUCAACUGGCAGGACAAACACUGAGGCAACACCAGGUUAGACCAGAUGCCAAGCUGCCGACUGCACUUCAUUCAUGGGGCAAUCAGACUUUGCCAUGUGCUUGUGACUGCAGGCCUACUGGCUUCAGUGAUGAGUUGUUAGCUUCCAAAGGAGUUUAUGCCCAGCUCCUGCAAUUGCCGGCCACUGAAUCACAAUCAGGAGCUUGGCGUCACCUGCAUGUGCUUGAGGUAUCCUUGCUCAAUGGAGUUCCCUUGAACCUGAGGUGGGGUGAAAACCAACGCUUGAACCUUUGCGCUGUUGGACAGAUGGCUGCGCCAAUGCAGUCGAUUUGGUUAGCUGCUGCUUUGGCUAGACACGUGCAGAUGUUGUUCACAGCUGACUCCCCCACUGAACCCAUGCAACUUCUGCAGAUGCUGAAGACUGAAGUGAUGUCUCAAUGCAGGGACCUGUUCCCCAACUUGCCUCGUCAACCGACGAACCCAGACAGAUGCCAGAUUGUGGUGCAGCAGCCUGGACAGCCAAAUUGGACUCUGGCAUUCCCUCCAACUGCGGUUGUGAAAGAUUUGAUCCUUGCUCAUGGACGUUUGAAUCGAAUUCCAUUGGAUGAAAUCUGGAUUAAGGAUCAACAUGAUGAUUUGGUCACACAUGAAGUGCUCCUCUCACGAUUCACGAUCUUGUCCAUUGGCCGAUAUGAAGAUCUGUUUCCCAUUGAUGUGUCAGAACCCCACCCGGAGCCUUGUCCCAUUCCGAUGGAUUUGGACUUGUGUACCCAGUUGGACUUGCCCUCAGAUGAUGUGAAUGCCCACCCCUCACCUGAUGUGCCUGAUCCUGACCGGCAUGCGACUUCCGUGACACCGGUGGACACCUUGCAGAACGUGACUGACCCUGCGGUCAAGAACCUGUUGGACUUGCAACCUUCCCAACUGACUGCCAUGUUGCCCCCUUUGGUUGCUGAUUUGGACUUGUGUGCCAGUAUGCGUCGUCCUUUGGUGUCGGCUGAGACCCGCCUGCAACUGCUUUGCAAACAGGAACACGUGUGGGCUGAUGAUGAAAUGUGGUGGCAACUUCUGGUUAUUGCUGCCACGGAACCCCGUGACACAGCAUUCCUGGAUCCUCUGCUUGCGUUUGCAUGGUUGACCUCCGGCACUGCUGAAUUGGUUCAUGCAUGGGCUUCCCAACAACCCAAGUUCUCACGCAUUGCCUCCGUUGUUUUGCAUGAUGGUCAUUGGACUCCUUGCCUUUGGGUGUUGAAGCCUUCCGAAGUUGAAGUGAUCAUGUGGGAACAUGCGGAUACAGAUGUCAAUGACUUGAAUCGACUUCAUGGGUUGAUCAGUCACGCUUUUGGACUUGCCCAGUUUGGCAUUUCGUGCACACGUCGCCAGUUCGGAAGCCAAUUGUGUGGAGCUGCAGCCAUUGCCUUUUUGCAACACAGACUUGGUGGCUUGUCUUUGCCCUCCUGUCAAGACCAGUUGCAGCGUAUCCAUGAUGGCCUCAGGGAAGAUUUUCGCAUGUCCCAUGAUGGAUUUUUGCAAGCUCAGAUACAGGCCGUCCAAGGGGUCUCACCAUGGAAGACGUUGAAGAGUCUUGCAAACCAACAGUCUCCUCCUUUCCAGCUGGUUCUCCCUGAUGAGUUGAACGCUGUGGUGCAAGAACGUAAAGCCAAGAAGCAAAAGCCUGCCAAAGCUGCAGGCCCCAAGAUUGCACCGUCCAAACCAUUGGACAUUGACCCUGCUAAGCUGACACUGGCCCAGAACACCUUCCAGAUCGAAGCGGGACAGCCAGCCCCACAGCUCGCUGCGUCUCAGGUAGGUCCGUUGGCAGUUGGAGUCGCACUGGUUUCCUUUCAAGAAGCAAUGCCUUUUCUGCAAUCAGGACAGCUGCUCACAGCCAAGAGCCUUGCCUUGCUGGUGAUCAAUGGCCCCGAUGAGCUACCAACCAAGCUGUCAUGGGCGUCCAUCCGUUUUGCGGCUUGUUGUUCUGUCAACCAACAACCAGUUUUGUUGCAUGGUCAUUUGGUCCAACUAGGAGCACAGCCGGUUGUCCCUGUUUUCACGAGUGAGAGCCCAGGUGUCCAUGAUGUCCCAGUCACAUGUGCCCGUCUCACUGUUUUUGCUGACCAAUGGCCCCAAGAAUGGAACAGCUUGGAAGACCAUCCAUUUAAGCAAGUUCUGCAGGUCCUACCGCCACUGCAAACGUGUCGCAAUGACCAGUGCCAGUGUGGACGUUGGCAUCCGGAUGGCAUGGAUGGAAACCAAGAUGUGCUCUUAGAUGUUUUUCGUCGCCAGUUUUUCACUGAAGCGGGUCGACCAACGAAGCAUGCACAGGCCAACCAUUUCAGUGUGCAGAUCCGGUAUCUCAAGAGCCAAGAGUAUGCCCUGCUUCGAUUGUCAGGUCAGAACGGUGUCUUUGUUGAGCCACGUGUCCCGGAUGCAUCCUCUCCGUCCGAAGAGUUUCAGGUCGUUUGGUUGCCUCAGGCUAGUUUUGCAUCUGCCCAGCACCAACUGCAAUGUGAACCGUUGGGACUUGGCCUUGCACGAUCAGGUCGCAGGAUGGGCAUCAGAGUGGCAGCUAGGGACUUUCAGACCCUUUUUCAGAAGCUGAAACCGGAGGGCCAAUUUUUGUCACCAGGCACCCGACAAACCUGGCAUUGUGGUCCCUUUCCAUUUGGAAGUGAUCGGAAAUCCAUUGGCCGUGUUUUUGCUGACUGGAAGUGGCAAGCCAGGCCAUUACAACCAGCACGACCCAUUGCUGAUGGUGUGAUGUGGCUGGUGCAAAGCGUUGCAGAUCCUCCGCAGACGGUGUUCAAUAUGCAACAUGGCCAGGUGAUGAUCUCCAAGUGUGACUCAGUUCGAGCAGGCAUGGCAGACAAUGGUUUGGUGAUUGGUCCCCAGAGUACCAUUGAGCUCUGUGCCACCAACAGUGCAGUGGACCCAUGGACUUUCCAUGACCCGUGGCAACAAGCCCUGACUCAGGUCCCAGUCCACUCAUCUGCACCGGUGACUUCUCACAUCAAGGAGCUUGAAGAGCGCCUUGAACGAAGCAUUUUGGAAAAGUUGCCCCUGGAGCGCAUGGAAACCGAUCACACUGAGGACCGCAUUCAGAUCAUGGAGAAACAGCUCCAGCACCUGGCAAAUCAGCACCAAGCUCUCGAGAGCACCGUUCAUGAGCACCAUCGCCAGAACUCUGCCCAAGUUCAGACCCUUCAGGCACAGAUGCUCUCCCAAAUGGAAGCCAAAACCCCUGGCCCAACAGCCUCUGAACGCACAUGGUCCCUAGGGGUAUGUAAUCCUUCUGGGUUACUGGGUAAAAGUGUUUUGCUUUCAGGCAUCGAUUCAGAUGUCAUCGCAGCAAGUGAGACCCAUCUCACUGCUACCACACGUUCCAUGCUUUUGACCAGCCUGAAGUCCCACAGCAGGUAUUCACAUGUGGUCACAGGUGCACUGUCUCAAGCACGCAUCAACACCAUUGAUGCGGGCCAAUACACUGGUGUUGCCACCAUUGCACGAGUUCCUACACGCGCACUUUGCGCUGCAUGGCCUCCAGAUCUUUUUGAAACUGGGCGGGUUCAAAUCACUGGAUCCCUUAUCAACAAUGUUUGGGUCACUGGGGCGGUGAUGUAUGGCUAUCCACAGGGUAAGAUCCACCAAAAUGCCCAACACAGGUCAAUUGAGAUUUUGGACUUCCUCAUUGACCACAUGACACAGGGAUGCACUCGCAAGGACAUGCUUUGGAUUUCUCCAGAACUCAUUGCGAGCUUUGCCACGGUUCAUGUUGACCAUGAGAGGUUUGCCGAUCACUCUGUCUUGCGUGCUGAGUUUGCUGUUGAUGGUGCCUUUAGUCACAGGUUCCUUUGGCCUAUCCCUCACCCUGUCCCUUGGACUUCAGUUCCCCCUAUGGACUUUCCUUUGGACUUUCAAACUGGACAAUCCACGGCCUUAUACCAUGACCUUUGGCACUCAAGAGAGCAACAGGCUCGUACAGUCCUACGGCAACAGUGGACUCCCCAAAUGCAGGGUCGGGGCCAAAGAACCCAACCCCUCAAGAGGAAAGGAUGGGCUGCUCCUCCGCGUAAGGGCAGAACAAGUGACUUCCAGCCAACCUUCUAUGGAUACAAUGUCCAACACAGCCGCUGGCUCCGGCAACUCCGCAGGCUCCACAACUACCACCGGUGGGCCCUGGCUCACCAUGGAGUGGCUUCUGGUGAUCUGCAGCUUCAUGGUUCUUACCUCUGGCAAAGUAUCUUGCGUGCCCCUGGAUUUGGUGUCUCCUUCAGUUCUUGGUGGACUACCCGUCGGUGUGUUGGACUUCAGGACCCUGGUUUCAUCCCUGUCUCGCCACCCCCUGCUCAUGUUGGUUACAUGCUGUGUGAAGCCUUUUUGGGUGAGAUUCGUGCCUUUGAGCGUACUCUUGCGGCGGCUAAGAUCACAGCCCAAGCCAAUGCCCAUAAAGCCAAUCCCAACCUGAUCUACCGCGACACCAAGCGGCCCAUGCCGGAACCUGUCACAAGCCUUUUGAUUUCCAAGAAGACAAGGGUUACUGAAGUAAGACCUGAUGAAGGAGCCGUCCUCGUAGACUCGACUGUGGACUUUGAUGCUGACGUGCCUGUGUUGGUUGACUCCUGCCCGGUUGGCUUGAUCCAUGCCACGGAUGAUGCCUUGUACCUGUCGGACCUGUCCUCUGUUGCUGUCGGUUCCCAAAUCUGUCAGACACAGCCCAUAGGCCGCCUUGAAGAUGUUUUUGCAGCCUUCCAUGAUCAAUGGAAACAGCGUUGGUGCCGACAUGAUCAUGUGCCCUUUGACCGCUGGGAUCAACUGAUUGCGUUUGCUCGUGCUCACCUUCCCCAUGGACUUGCUCCUGAGACCUGCAUCACGCCUGACCUCCUCCGUGCAGAGGCAGCAUCCAAAAAGCCUCAAGCUGCAACUGGGCUUGAUGGUGUCAGCCGUGCCGACCUACUCCAGGUGGAUGCCAAUGUGUUGCAAAGCCUUUGUAACAUCUAUUGCAGGGCAGGGCAGGAUGGGCGGUGGCCUGAACAAAUUGUGACCGGCAGUGUGGCCUCGUUGGCCAAAAGGGAAGGGGCAUGCCAGACCCAGGACUACAGGCCUAUAACCGUUUUUUCCAUGGUCUAUAGGGUUUUCAGUUCCAUCCAAGCAAGGGCCCUGCUGUCCCAUGCCCACCACUGGUGCCAUGCUGAUAUCUAUGGGAACAGGAAACAACACCAGACCGCUCAACUCUGGCGGGUGCUUGUUACCAGCAUUCAGCAAGCCUAUGACCAGCAGGUGUGUUUGAGCGGGUUGACCGCUGACAUCGAGAAGUGCUUCAAUUGCCUCCCACGGCUCCCGAUCGUGGCAGCAGCACUGCAUGUGGGAACUCCUAUGUCUGUUAUGACUGCCUGGUGUGGAGCGUUGGCAACCAUGUCACGGAGGUUCAAAGUACGUGACUCCUAUAGUGAUGGCUUUACCACCAGCACUGGGCUUGCGGAGGGCUGCGCUUUGAGCUGCUACGGCAUGCUGUUGUUGGAUGACAUCAUGCAUCGGUACACUGCAGCCCAAUACCCAAUGCUUCGAGUUCUCAGCUUUGUGGACAACUGGGAUUUCUUGACUUGGCAUGCUGAGGCGGCGACCCAGCAACUUGAUGCGUUGUUGGACUUUGCAUCACUGACCGACUUGACAGUUGACCGUAAGAAGACCUUUGCUUGGUCCACUUCCCCUACGGUCCGCCAUGCUCUCCGAACACAAGGGCUGACUGUGUUGCAUGCUGCCAAGGACCUCGGUGCCCAUGUCGCCUUCUCCCGCCAGCACACCAAUCGGACUGUCACCCAACGAUUGGAAGACCUAGGUCAGUUUUGGCCGAAGCUGCGCAGUAGCAAAGCGGGAUACAAAUCCAAACUCCGUGCCCUACGGACUGUUGCUUGGCCUCGCGGGCUUUUUGCAGUUGAGAGUGCACCAGUGAGUGAUAGCACCUGGCUAUCUAUUCGAAGACAAGCCAACCAUGCGCUGCAGAUGGAUAAACCAGGUGUCAACCCACUCCUUGUCCUUGGUUUGGUGGAAGCCUAUGCCGACCCUGAGUUCCUUGCACUGAUCCGUACGGUAGGGGAGACCCGCUUGAACUGCCCUGUGGACUUUUGGGCCAGUGACCUCUACCCCCUUGCUUCAGGUGCCAUUGAAAGCCCACCGUCCUCACCAGCGGCGGUGCUGUUGAUGCGUGCUCAGAAAGUUGGCAUCACCGUUUUGCCUUGUGGAAAGAGGAAGGAUGUUGUCGGGACUUUCCAUCCAGCCACAAUCAACUUCACAGAGCUCUGUCACCGACUCCAGCGGCAAUGGAACCACUAUGUUUCAGCCUCACUCAAACACCGGAGUGACUUUAAUGGACUUCAUGGGGUCGAUACCACCCUCACCAGGAAAACCCUUGCUGCCCUGCCUCCUGAUGAACAGAGUCUGUUGCGCCUUAGCUUGGCUGGUGGACUUUUUACCCAGAAUGCGCAUGCCCACUGGAACGAAGGCGAUGGAGGUUGCAAGUGGUGUGGUUUGCCUGACUCCCUGUAUCACCGUUACUAUGAAUGCUGCAACACGUUGGACUUGCGUGCCAAACAUGCUCCGGAUGUUGUUGCCAACCUUGGGUCCAUCCCUAAUGCCAUGGCCUUACGCAGUUGGGCACUGUUGCCGCCCACUCACCUUCUUUGGCUCCGUCUGUUGGAUUCCAUCCCUAGUGCUGUACCGUCUUUGGCUGGGAGGUUCCGUGUCGGUGAGGUCAAUGAGGUUUUUACUGAUGGCUCUUGUCUGUGGCAGGCUGAUCCUUGUCUGCGGUUGGCGUCUUGGGGUGCUGUCCUCGCCGGUCGUUUUUCAUCGGAUUGGUCCUUCCAGCAUGGGGGCAUUUUGGGUGCUGGGCCCGUUCCAGGCCUUUGCCAAACGGCGUACAGGGGUGAACUCUUUGCUUUGGCCUUCGUCCUCCACCAUGCUGCUCUCAGUGGCUCCAGGGUAAAAAUAUACUGUGACUGUUUAGGGGUUGUUAAUAGAUACCACCUGCUCACCCAGGGAACAGUGCCUUUGAAAUCAACUGCGGCAAGUGCCGACCUUUGGACCUGGAUACUGGAAUCAGUGGAACGGCUUGGCGCUGGAAUGGUGGAGGUGGUCAAAAUCCCUGCACACCGCAGACUGACCCAGGCUACGACGCGCCGUGAAGCCUGGUCCAUCUGGCACAACAAUAUGGUGGACAAUGUUGCCAAAGCAGCCAACAUGGAUCGUUCAACAGAUUUUUGGCACAGGUGGAAACAACAUGCGCAGAUGACAGCAGCAGCACACACACUGCACAGGCAGAUUUGUGCCUUGCAUGUUGCCGUGGCGAAGCGAAGUGUUCAGGCUGAUGCAGCAGUUACUCUGGAUGAGGUUCCUCACCGUGCACCGAGGAACCUUAGAACUUUUGAGCAGCUUUUUCAGGUGGAGAAUUGGAAUGGUGAGCUGCCGAUGAGUUUUUCCAAAGAGUAUGGACAUGGCAUUGCCAAUCGAGUGGCAACAUGGUGGCGUGCUCGUACAGGGAGCCCCGAAGCUGGUGAAGUCAGAUGGAUCACCUUCGCUCAUUUGUACGUUGAUUACCAAUUAACUUUUGGAUGCCCCGGACCAGUCAAGCAUGGUCAGCAAUGGUUGGAUGCCUUCACAAGGCCCUAUUUGGACGUGGAGCGGCACCAGUUUUUGCACAGACUGAAAUGGUUCAGGAGAUGCUUGAAGGUGUUUUGGAAAGCUACUCAUCAACAAGUGGGAAUGGCUCAGUGCCGAGCCGAAGGCGAAUCCAUCCAGAGCUACGUUCAGUCAGCAUCGGUGAAGUGGCACAUGCCUAGCUGGAUCGGUGCCGAGCAUUGGCUGGCAACUGAGUGUUCUGGACCGUGCAUUCGAGGCACGAAGGCGUUGCAGUCGCUGCCGCUUGUGAAACCACAGGCGCGCUAUGCGCUGCCAAAGAGCGCGAUCGAUGCGUCUCACGGCAUGGACCUUGCCUAG